UUGCGCUGCGUCUGUCGUUGUCAUCAAAUGGCCAGCACUGAGAGCCUGGACGGCAGCGCCUGUGACUACGAUGGCGUCAUCUCUGAGGUGCCAAAGGUGGGUCAUUUGCCCACCCUGCCACUCGAGUUUGUCUGCCCCGCUUGCCAGCAGCUGCAAACCAGCAAAGUGGAGCUCGAAGCUGUCACUUGUCUACAGAAUAUCACCUGCACCAUAAAUUGGCUGCUCUGCUGCAAUCCCAUUCACUGGCGGGGACGACACGAUAUCAAUCACUAUUGCAGCAACUGCGGCUGCUUCAUUGGACGCCACAUUUCGUUGAGCUGGUAUAAACGAGCUCUCUUCCGCAUGCAGCGCUCGGAGGUGGAGGACAAUGGACGUUGGCAGAAAUUCCGCAAGGUGGAGAAGGAGGCGCUCGACGAGAAGAAGCUUGGCAGACAGCGUUCAGCCAUUGAACAGAGCUAGUUCCAAUUCCACAAGUCAACACGCAGUGUUCUAAAUUUAAACAUAAUUAAGCGACAACACUUUAAAUAAAAAACAAAAACACAAACAGA